AUGUAUGACGACUCAGACAUCAUCUUCUUGAAAUCCGAUGAGGUGUUGGUGGAUGGGUCCGAGCCUUCGGACCCCAACACCACAUACAGGGUGGACAUGUUUGACGAGCAAGACGACGGUGUUGAGCAAGAGACUGACGACGAUGACGAUGUUGGUGUCCUCAAGACUCUCGAAGACGAUGCAGCUGCAUGCAUAGCAAGAGCAGGACCGGUUUACAGUCUGAGCACAAGUCCAUAUGACAGCUCCAAGUUUGCGUGUGGCGGAGGAGAUGACAGUCUGUCGCUAUGGCAAUACAAAGAAAGAGGAGGCCUGAAGGAGAUGAAAGUCGAAAACAGCACUUUCACGGACUCUGUGAUAGAUGUCCGCUUCAGUCACGAGGGGACGUUCAUCGCCGCCGCCGCCAUGGAUGGAGUCAUCAAAGUCUGGAUGGCAGACACGGGAGAGCUGGUUACGAGCCUGGAGGGAUCGGGGACUAUGAACUGGAUGGAGUGGCACCCGAGAGGAUCGGUCAUUCUCGCUGGUUCAGACGAUGGCAACUGCUUCAUGUGGGAGAUCUCGAGCAGCUCAAGGGAGGGAGGAAAGCGAAAUUUCUUUUCUGCUCAUCCUGGUUCUGUCACAUGCGGAGGUUUUGCAGCAGGUAUCAAUGAUCCCGUGAACGCACAUGCUGACGUCGUUACGGCUCUUGCAUGCCAUCCCUCUGAUCCUGUUUGUGUGAGCGGCGACAAGAACGGGCGGGUCAUCCUGUUCCACUCGCAGACGGGAAAGAUCAUCAACAAAUUUCCUCUUUUCGCCACGUCAGGGCACACAGCAUCGACCAACGGCCGCGAGCGAGCGUGCUGCUACCAGACGCGACGAACGAACGAGCAUGGAGUGCCGCAGCACGAGGGGGCGACGAAGCUGCUGAUGCAUGUCUCAUCUCCGAUGCUCUUCUCAGCUGGAGCCAAGGGAAACCUCUACGUCUGGAGCAUCCUCGACGGCUCCCUCAUCAAAGUCUUCCGGGGGCACCAUAAGGCGAUUCUCAGUAUCGCCAUCACCAGAGACGCGAAAUUCGUGCUGACGGGAUCAGACGAUAGCACGUGCAGAGCCUUCAAGCUGCCCUCCCCUAGUUAG